AUGAACCCCGAUGCGAGUUUGAUGACUGCACUCGUAGAGAGGUGGCGACCCGAGACGUCGACCUUCCAUCUACCGUGUGGUGAGGUCACGAUCACGUUAGAGGACGUUGUUACACUGUCCGGUUUGGCGAUCGACGGUGAUGCCGUCGUAGUUGAUAUACCGGAUGAGGAGUGGUCGGCGAUCUGUUUGCGACUGUUAGGACGGGUUCCUUAUGAUCUUGUAGGCGGGGUCGCUGUUGUUAGGAUUACAUGGUUGAGGGUUGAAUUCAGCCAUCUGCCGGAUGAUGCAUCACAGGAGGUUAUAGAGCAGUUUGCACGAGCUUAUGCUCUAUCUCUGAUUGGAGGUGUACUUUUCCCGGAUCGGUCUGGAUCUACGGUGCACCUACAGUACCUACUUCUGAUUGAGGAUUGGGAGAGGGCUGGAGGGUUCGCCUGGGGAGCUGUUGUUUUAUCCUACCUGUACCGUGAGAUGGGUAGGUCGACUUUGCACAUUUCGCAUACCGGCACUUCUCUAGCCGGUGACCUUGGUGGAUGGGUCGCCCUACUGCAGUUCUGGGUGUGGGAGGCGGAAACAUGGCUUCAGGUGGUGAUACUAGAGCAGCCUCGACUCCCAACCUGUGGGACAGCCUAG